AUGAAUAUGUUCGCUUCUUUUGGCAAAAAGCUGCGACAUUUUUGUAGCGUUUCAACUCAGAAAAUCUCUUGUCUUAGCAAAUCAAUUGUUUUCUUACAAACAUGUUUUUUUCGCUUGCUUCUCCGCAGAGCCAACCCGCUAUGGGUUCAAAUUGUCUAUUUUGUGUCCCUUUCUACGUUGGGUUUUGGGGUUCUCAAGGCUCUUAAGCCCAGAACAGGACCAUCUUUUAUUCCCAAAAACAUAGAUUUGUUCUUCACCUCUGUGUCAGCAACAACUGUUUCAAGCAUGGCCACGCUUGAAAUGGAGGUUUUUUCCGACACCCAGUUAAUCAUUAUGACCAUCUUGAUGUUCAUAGGUGGUGAGAUCUUUACCUCUAUGGUAGGACUCCAUUUCUCUAGGUUCAGGUUCAAAACCGCAUUAGAUCAAAUCGCUUCUUCUCAUGCAAGUCUUAGUUCUCCAAAUCUUGUUGAUCAGAUUGAACUGGGCAUGGUCACAAAUGAUAAUUCUAAUAAAUCCUCCACUGUCCACAAUCAAUCUUUGGGUGCUACAAGUGAAAAUUUGAGGUAUUUAUCAAUGAAAUAUUUGGGCUUUGUGGUUCUAGCUUACCUUGUACUUGUCCACAUGACAGGGGUGGUUGCGGUGACCCUUUACCUGGUUGCUAUUCAAAGUGCUAAAGAGGUACUAAACAACAAGGGACUCAACAUGUUCACAUUCUCCGUUUUCACGGCAGUUUCAACUUUUUCUGGCUGUGGCUUUGUUCCAACAAACGAAAACAUGGUUGUGUUUAGGAAGAAUUCAGGUCUUCUUCUUAUGCUUAUUCCUCAAGUCCUUCUUGGGAACACGUUGUUCCCUCCUUGCUUGCGGUUUUCAAUAUGGGUUUUGGGGAAAUUUCACAAGAAAAAAGAGUGUAAGUACCUUCUGAAGAAUACACAAGAGGUUGGGUACAAACACUUGCUUCCAGGACGCUACUCAGUUUUUCUAGUACUCACUGUUUUUGGGUUUAUUCUGCUACAAGUUAUACUAUUUUGCGCAAUGGAUUGGAGUGCAGAACCUCUGAAGGGGUUGAAUGCAUAUCAGAAAUUCAUUGGCGUUUUGUUCCAAAGCGUUAAUUCAAGACACACAGGAGAAACCGUUGUGGACUUGUCAAUCAUAUCCCAGGCCAUCUUGCUAUUAUUUGUGGUGAUGAUGUACCUUCCUCCGUACACGUCUUUCCUUCCAAUGAAAGAUGAGGGGCAGGAUUCAGAAAGUUAUGAGAGGAUGAAAAAAAGAAGAGGGAAAAUUGUGGAGAAUUUGAUGUUCUCUCAACUCUCCUAUUUAGUGAUAUUUAUCAUACUCGUCUGCAUAACUGAGAGGGAAAAAUUGAAGGAGGAUCCACUCAAUUUCAGCGUCCUCAAUAUUGUCGUUGAAGUUACCAGUGCAUAUGGAAACGUAGGAUUUACUACAGGAUACAGUUGUGAACGACAAUUGCAUACACAAGCAAACUGCCAAGACAAGUGGAUUGGAUUUGUGGGCAAAUGGAGCAAUGAGGGAAAGAUCAUUCUCAUAUUUGUCAUGUUUUUUGGAAGACUCAAGAAAUUCAAUAUCAAUAUGGAUGGAGGGAAGGCAUGGAACCUCCUCUGA